CGAUCUAUGGAGCAAGUAGAACGACGACCAACGACGACGGGUGAUUGACGACAUGAGUGGCGGCGACGACGACGACGAAGACGACGGCGAGACAGUAACAACGAUGCGUCGUGUCAGGUCGAGUCGUGGUGCCGGGAGGAUCCCCGAAUACGGGUCUACCGACGACGAGGACGUCGAUCACGCCAGCAAGGAUGAUUCAGUCAGUCCACCAAACGAGUUCGAAGAGUCGCUGCACGCAAUGUCGGAUAUUUACGGACAAACGCCACCCAGGACUCGUCUCAGUCGCAAGAAAAGGCACAUGAAGCAGAAACUCUCGGGGAGUGAUCUUAAGUCAACAGAGAAAGAAGGUAGGCCGAGGACAACUAUUUACAGGCGUAACACUUUGGAUACUAUCAUCUUCAACGAGAUGUGCGAUAAAGCGGAUAAGGAUAACGAGGAUGAAGCGAAGGAGGACGUGAAGGAGGACAACAGAAAGAGCAAGAGAAGCUUGAAACUACUGCGUGGAAACGAGAGGGACCUCAAGCUCGACGUGGAGGCUGCUCACAAUUAUGCCGAAAGGUACACCGGCGAAAUGGCAGUGUCAACGCCGAAUCAAAUCAAGGUCGAGACUAGAAAUAGAUUCCGCUGCCUGCGAUCUAAACCCGUCGAUGUGGAAGAGAAGAAGGUGGAGUGCGAAGUUAACGAGCGUAGCGUGGUGAUAAACGAGGAAAAUAUAAACUCGCAAUCGCCAAGAACGCAGACUUUGAGGGAGAGAGAAAUUUUCCACGAUACAUUCUCUUUCUUAAUUAGAUUGGGAAGUACAGAACGAAAUUGUCGUCGUCAGAUGAGUCACGAGGAAACGAGAUGGCAGAAUGAAUUAAAGGACCUGAUAUGGCUGGAAUUGCAAGCGUAUCAUGCGGACCGUAGUCUGGUGGCGCAGGAUGAAUAUCUAUGUCGCCAACGAGAAGCGGUAGAGGGUUUACUCACAGAAAUAAUGGAGUACAAAUACGAUUUCAUUGCGGACGUGCAAGAGGGAGGCUCGAGUUGCGUCAGCCCUGGUGACGUUGCGAGCGAUCGAUCCACAAAUUCCGGUUUAAGCCCGAAUAUCGAACUAGGCGUAUGCCCGGGCUGUCUUUCCAUGUAUUGCCGUGCGUGCGCCCGUGCGCAGGGGGAAGCGUUGCAGCAGGUGGAGGGUUUGCUAGCUCGCUUGGAAGUUGCAGAGGGUCUGUAUCCAUCCUCCCAUGUGUUCGCCGUCAAUUACCCAUUAUACAAGAGCUCACAGUUCACAGACAGGGUGAAGGCCAUGUGUCUUUGGUAUAACAUGACGAAACACCAUCGAUUCAAGUUGCAAAUACUGGGCAGAUUACUUAUGAUGCUACACAGCAAGAAAAAACAGGAUGACUUUAACGACUCUGGCAUCAGUUCGCGAUCUUCAGAUACUAUUGAUUCUGCGGAGCGACAACCCACGGUGCGAUUUGAACUACCUCAACAGGAUGAAACUUCUAGCCCCUCCGACAGCAAUAACAGUAACAAUUCUUCGAUCGGCGGUUUAUCGUUAAUGUCACAAUCACUGCCACCUACUCCAGAAACUUCGUUUUCAUAUUUCGAGGACGAAAGAGUCGACCGACUCGAUUUUUACUUGGUCGAAUUUGAUCGACACGCGUAUAGAAAAUACAUUGAAGAUGUAUUGAAAACGAGAGGUCUCAGAAAAAGUUUGAAUUUCUUGGAUCGACUACACACAUCUAUAUUGAGAAAAGCAAGAUUAACUUUAGAGAAAAAUGAUUCUGAAGGAUGUGAUAGUAGCGCGAAUGAAGAAUACGAAGGAGACAAGGAAUUACGACGAUAUGGUAUUUGGAGCUCUGAAGCGAAGGAAUUGAAUCUACCAUCAUACAGGGCAGCUUUUGUAUUUCUUUCGCGUGUGCCUCUGGAUGUGGUCCAUGAAUUUCUAAGAAUGAGAUUGGAACAGAAGCCAGAGCAGCCGAGUCCGUUGUCGGUCCGACAGCUCAUGCGGGAGCUUCGCGAGGGUCUUAAGAUUGCUUGCAUUCAUCGCGAUCGGUUUGCCGCGCACUCUCGUGCUGCCGUCGCCAGUGACGGCGACAGAGCCAGCUGUGAGAGUCUGUUCGAGGAGGACGUCAAGUACUUUGACGAGAGCUUGAAAGCUGUGUUCGAGCUAUAUUUGGAUUAUCUUCAGCAGUGGGUAGACAUGGUGCAUCAUGACAGUUUUCACAAAAAUCUGAUUAUGGACGAGUGGUUAUUUGUCAAAUCCAUCGCUGAAAAUAUAAGCGACGGCUACAAAAUAGCUGGCGUGAAAUUCUAUAAGAUUGCGCGUACGAUGAUCAAACAAGUUAACGAAUUUCUUGUUGAACGGACUCGCGAGAUUCGAGAGAAUGCGUAUUGCGAAGAGAAAGGAGACGACGAGUUAUCAAGCAACGAAUUAAUGUUUAGAUUUCACAUGAUGUGUGUGGGUCGCGAAUGGCAGGGAAUGUUUGUAGAGACUCGGGAGAAGAUUGUGAAAAGCAUUAACCUCGCUAAAUGCUUGAAAUGUAACAUCGAGAAAUGGCCCGUUUCCGAUCACGAGUUGGAUGAAUCGCUGAAAUUGCUAAAGGACAUUAUUCUGGAUUUGAGGUGUCGCAUAACGAUGGUAAUCGAGGACUUCCAAAGUGAAGCCAACGAAGUGGAGCAAUUGAGUACUGAAAAUGAAUACCAGAUGCCUUUACGAUCGAGGAUUCGCGAAAUCCUCCAUCAAGCUUACAAGAUGGGCUUCGAUUUUCAUAAAGAGAUGUGCAAGCUAUUCUCUCUGGAAGAAAAAGCGAUUCUGGCGCGAGGUCUAGUAUCAUUUGCACUACUAUGGAUGGAAUUUGUGAGAACACGAUGCGAUCGUGGCCGCGGCUUAAGGCCUAGAUGGGCGAAUCAAGGUCUAGAAUUUUUAAUAACGGUGUGCGAACCACAAAACACGAAGCAUCUCACUGACCAAGAAUUCGAGGAGUUAAAGAGGUUCAUGGAUCGUUGUAUAUCUCAUGUAGUGGGAAGUGUGUCAGUUACGGGAUCAACGCCGGAGACAGAUAACAUAAGAAGAUUAUCGCGAUCAAGAGCUUCAUCGCCGUGCCAUCGCACUAGAACCACGAGCACCAGCUCAGUAUCUCAGAAACCACGGAAAACCCCAGAAGGCCAAGAUACUUUGAAGUCGCCAGAAUUGUCAGUCAAUGCGAGGAAAAAUAAUUCACCGAGCGCAGUUGACGGAAAUCUCACGGUGAUAAUAAACAUGCCUGAGCGUGGUACACAUAGGCAUGAGAGGAUUGUUCGUGCCAUCAGGAAAGUUGAGAACGAACUUGACGAAAGAUUACGAAGUCGGGAAUUAAUCGGACAAGUUGUCGAUAGAAAAGCAGUCGAUAAAGUUCACAUCAAGGCAAGACGAGUUACGUUUACAUGGCAGCGAGGUAUUAAAAUAGGUCAAGGAAGAUUUGGCAAAGUAUAUACCAUAGUAAAUAAUCAAACUGGUGAAUUGCUGGCCAUGAAAGAGGUUCAACUGCAACCUGGUGAUCAUAGAGCGAUCAGGCGUGUCGCUGAAGAGUUACAGAUAUUCGAAGGAAUCCAACAUCGACAUUUAGUGCGCUAUUAUGGGCUAGAAAUUCAUCGUGAGGAGAUGCUGAUUUUCAUGGAAUUUUGCGCGGAGGGAACUCUUGAAAGUUUGGUGGCGGGUAGCGGCAACGGACUGCCGGAAUCUUUGAUCAGAAAAUACACUCAUCAGCUUCUUUCGGCGGUAGCAGCACUGCACUCUCACGGAAUAGUUCAUCGAGAUAUUAAAACUGCAAAUAUUUUUCUAACGGACGAAGGCAAUUGUCUGAAACUUGGUGACUUUGGUAGUGCGGUGCAGAUUAAAGCACACACAACUAUGCCUGGGGAACUCCAAGGCUUUGUCGGGACGCAAGCUUAUAUGGCACCAGAAGUAUUUAUGAAAUCUGAAAGUGGUGGACACGGUAGAGCCGCCGAUAUUUGGUCGGUGGGUUGUUGCGUCAUCGAGAUGGCGAGUGGACGACGGCCUUGGUCAGAUUACGAUUCAAAUUAUCAGAUUAUGUUUAAGGUUGGAAUGGGAGAAACACCAACACUUCCAAAGAACCUUUCUACAGAAGGUAUAGACCUCGUAAAGAAGUGUCUUCAACACGAUCCGAAGAAAAGACCAACCGCAAAUAAUCUCCUCGCACACUCUUUCGUGCGUGGAGAGUUCGAGGAUGUUAAUGCCGAUUUAACGAUGUCGCGAUACUAAGAGUUAUCAGGAAGAUUGCACGAUCUCCGUCAGAGGGUUGCAAAAUUGGUAUUUGUAUUCGCACUUAAUUGAUAGAACUGUUCUACUCAUUUUUUGUAUUAUAUUAUUUGAUUAUGUUUUUGCUCUUCUGAGCAAUGCAACUGUCAAUUCAAUAUGUUCUACCCAGCUUCAAUGACACUGUUUAUACGUAAUAUUUUGUUAAUGUGACAGUUUAAUAUUUGCAGCAGGCAGACAAAGAAAGGCAGUCUGAAAAUAUUUUAUCUAUGGACCAAAACUAAUGUAAUACAUUUGUUGUGAUCAUGUUACUUAAGCAUAAUUACAUGAUGCGUCUCAAAGUACACUUUUCUUCGAUUACAAUUGUUAAAUGAUUAGGCUUACUAUUUAGCAAAGCUUUUAGCAUUGAAAGUUGUAAAUUAGAUUUUGUUGUAUGUGAGUAUACAAAAUUUAGUUUUUUUAUUAAUUUAUAAUAAAUUUUACAAAAUGGUUCUAGUAGAAUCUUUUUAUAGAUUUAAUGAUGAAGAUUAAAAAUAUUAUUAAUAGUGUCGAUUUAAUAUUUGUAUAAUAAUAAAUUCAAAUGUUUUAUACCAGGAUUGUCUGGUAGGAAGAAAGUGCAACUUUGGGAUAUUUUUUGUAUGUGAUUUAGGAGAUAGCUAUGCUCUAGGACAAGUUUAAUAAUUCGAGCUGAAGGAAUUGAAAGAUCCAGACGGCGUUUUUAAUUAAAUACAAUUAUUUUCAUUAUUAUAGAUGCUCGCGUAUAUAAUUUUUUACUUAAUCAAAUUAUAUCAUAUAUUUAUGAGGAAUAUAUCGUGUUUAAGAAUGCAAAUAAGAGAUAUAAAUCUCUUUUUAUUUUUAUCUAAAUAUAACUAAAUCUACAUAUAUAUAUACAAAUAUACUUUUAUAAUAUUUGCAUUUAUUAUUAUAGAAGCUUUAAUAUAGUAUUUGCCAUGGUGGAAGGAAAGUAAGGUGUGCUCAUACUGAAGACGCGUUUUCGUAUCGUUCUGCGCAUCGUAUCAGCGGCCUCCAUUUUUAAAUUCCUGUGUUUAUAUAAGGUGAUUUUUGGCGAUGUUUAGUACAUGUACCAAACUGUACCAGAACCAAUAAGAUAAAACUUUACUUAUAUGUUAUUGGUUCUACAGUUUAGUACGCUUUGGUGCAUGUACCAAACGAGCGCCAAAAAUCGCCUAUAAAUGAUACGUCAUUUAAAUUUGCCACUAAAAAAUGGCGGCCACUGGAACAAAAUGUCAUUGGCUGUUUAGAAAUUAUGCGUAAUGGCACACCUUUCCAUCAUGGUAUUUGCUAUAUAUUCCUUGUAGAUAUGAAUAUGAAUAUGGUACAAAUAAGAGGCAAGAUACUUUACAUUCCGAAGAUUAUAUAUUUGCGCCUUACAAUUAAUAUUAAAUGCGGCUGUCUGACAUUUACAUUACGUCAAAUUUUGCAUUUUUAUCUUUGUUGUUUAGACGCUCGUGUUUAGUGCUAGUUGCGAUCUAAAAAGAGGUGUGAUUAAUUUUAAGUGUUACUCUAAGGCACCUUUUAAGGUACAAUAAUGGCAGCUUCGAGCAUGCGUGUCAAUACCUAUGUUUAUAAUUGUUUCGUAAAUGAAACUGACUUGUUACUAUAAUAUUAUAGAACGGAUAUUUUAAAUAAAUUGACGAAGAAUAAAGAGACAACGAACAACUUGGUAUUCCGAUGGAGUUUUAUUUCUGCACAAGGAAAUGUACACAUGUGAUACAACAUACUUUGACAUGGGUCAAUUACUUAGCGGAGGUAUGCUGUGUAUGCUUUCCGUGCGAACGGUAAGCCGAGUGUAUUUUAUUCGUUUAUCUAUCGAACGUUUUACGCACGAAGGUAUAUAUAACUUAUGCCACGAUGUUUAAUUCUUAUUCGAGCAAUCGCUUUAUCUUUUUAAAAAGAUUGAAUUUCGAUCGAACUUACAUUUAAUAGAAGAAUAUUUCAUAUCUUCUAGAGAUAAUAAAUAAAUGUGAGCAAACAGAUCCAAUAAUCUUUCACUCAUAAAAAUAAA